GCGGCGGCGAGCUCCGCCCGCCGGAGCGGCGCGGGGAGGGAGAAGAGGGAGGAGGAGGAGGGAGGGCGCCGGGCUGCGCUGCGCUGCUAGUCUGGAGCGGAGCCUGGCAGCGGCAGGAGCGGCGGCGCGGGGGUGAGGAGCAGCCGGAGCCUGCUGGACGGAGGCAGCCCCGUCCCCCCUCCCCCUCGCCUCUUUCUUUGUGCGCAGGGCAGGGGCGGCCCCGAUCCAUGGUCAUGGGCGACAAGAAGAGCCCGACCAGGCCGAAAAGGCAAGCCAAACCUGCAGCCGAUGAAGGCUUUUGGGAUUGUAGCGUGUGCACCUUCAGGAACAGCGCCGAAGCCUUCAAAUGCAGCAUCUGCGAUGUCAGGAAAGGCACCUCCACAAGAAAACCUAGAAUAAACUCUCAGUUGGUGGCACAACAAGUUGCCCAGCAAUAUGCAACCCCACCACCGCCUAAGAAGGAGAAGAAGGAGAAAGUGGAAAAACAAGACAAAGAAAAACCUGACAAAGAGAAGGAAAUUAGUCCAAGUGUUACAAAGAAGAACACUAACAAGAAGACUAAACCAAAGUCAGAUAUUGUGAAAGAUCCUCCUAGCGAAGCGAACAGUAUACAGUCUGGGAAUACUACAACAAAGACCAGCGACUCAAAUCACACUUCAAGACCCAGACUGAAAAAUGUGGACAGAAGUACCGCGCAGCAGCUGGCAGUCACAGUGGGAAAUGUCACAGUAAUUAUCACAGACUUUAAGGAAAAGACUCGCUCCUCUUCCACGUCGUCUUCUACAGUGACCUCCAGUGCAGGAUCAGAACAACAGAAUCAGAGCAGCUCGGGCUCUGAGAGCACAGACAAGGGCUCGUCCCGUUCCUCCACACCAAAGGGGGACAUGUCAGCAGUCAACGACGAAUCUUUCUGAAAAUUGCACAUGGAGUUGUGGAAACUAUGAAUCAGGGUAUGAAAUUCAAACACUCCACCUGCCCAUGCUGUUCAAAUCCUGGAGAGCCUCUUCUGUGCUUGAACACACACUUUUCUUGGACAUCGACCUCUUACUGAUGCAGCCAGGAUAAUUUCUGCUUGCCGUGGGCAUCUGGCCACCAAGGAAUUUCUCACCCUAACGAUUACUCUUGACACUUUUAUGUAUUCCAUUGUUUUAUAUGAUUUUCCUAACAAUCAUUUAUAAUUGGAUGUGCUCCUGAAUCUACUUUUUUAUAAUAUCUGCUGUGCACAAUUUUCCAUGAACAUUACAACUUUUUGUUUUGGGGUAGGG